AAGUCAAAGUGGGGUGGGGCAAUUGACCUUGGUCCUUUGCUGUUGUGUGCUGUCCCAAUUUGAUCAACCAAAACACUCCCUCGCACCAUCUCAAAAUUCACUUGCCGACGACGCCGUUUGGGCUUCCUCUCCCAACUCUAACCCUAACAAUCCCAGCUUCAAAAAAGGGUUUAAGUCUUUAAGACUGAUAUCUGCAUUUGAUCUCCAACCCUGAAAAUGGCUUCUGAAAAAGCCGGCAUGGUUUCUCACCAGAAAAUCCAUAACCCGCACCCGCAGCUCGUGUUUUCAAAAGCCUUUGCGGGUGUCUCCCAGCCACCGCACCGCCACACUGGCUCUGCCGCCUGUGAUCCCGGCGCUAAAUCCGUCACCCGUGAGCUCACCACCAGCUUCCUCGAUCACCCCCACUUCUUUCAGCCUCACUCCCAGCCGCCUCCUCCCCAAGAUUCUUCCUCGUUCCGCCACCAUUGGCAUGCCGGCAAUGCAUCGGAGGAUGAUGAACUCGGUGGCAAUGAUGGCGAUGAUGAGUACGAGGGGGAGGAAGGAGAAAUGGGAAACGAUUUGGGUAAUAUUGCCGACGGCGCUAAAAUCAGUGACGGCCAUGGAAAAGAAAGACACAGUGGAAAACUGAAACUCAUUUCGUCAUUAGUUUUUAAAGAUGGGAACAUGACGCAUAGUGGAAAUGAAAGCAACAGUGGAAAUAAUGAAAGUGGAGAAGCAAGGAAAACGAGCAGUGGUGAACUUUAUUACUCACAGUAUUUGAACAAUGGAGUCGAGGGCCCCAGUUCGUCAUCCAGGCAGAAGGAUGUUGUGAUGAUGGAGAACGGCUGUGGGUAUAGUGGCAGCAAGGAAAGCUCAUACAAUAGUGAAUGGGGUGCGGAGUCCUUAAUGGCCAUCUUUUCAGACCCUAUAACAGGAAUACUUAUGGAAGAUGCAAUGAUAUUGCCCUGUGGGCAUUCCUACGGUAGCAGUGGCAUACAGCAAAUCAUUGGAAUGAAAGCUUGCUAUAUGUGCUCUCAACCUGUGUCCGAGGAUUCGAUUGCUCCAAACCUAUGCAAGAGUGAGGGCCGGGUCGAGGUAGUUGAGAAGGAUGGCAAGGAAGAGCAUCUUGCUCGUCCCAUGCUCUCUCUACGCGUAGCAGUCCAGGCAUUCAAGAGGGAAGAAGAGUUGCAACCUAACCAUAACUCAAAAAAGAGGAGGGAAAGAUAUGAUCAUCACAAGGGGACAUUUGCUGAUCCGACGCUCACAGAUCAGGCAAGGGGGAAAGGAGUUCAGUUUCCAUUUAUGGUUACAGAUCAUGUUAUCAUAAAGGGAAACAAGAGAACACCUCCUCGUUUCGUUGGGCGCGAGGCCAUUGUCACCACCCAGUGCUUGAAUGGAUGGUACGUGGUAAAGACAUUGGACAAUGCAGAAAGCGUGAAGUUGCAAUAUCGCUCAUUGGAGAAAGUUCCGCAAAACCCAUCCCCUGUCAAGACGACACCCAACUGGCUGUGAACUUGCAUUUUUGGUAAAUGAAAGCUGAUUAUUUGCCAUGUCUUAUAAAUGUGUUCCUUCCCAGAUUUGUGUCCGUUUCGCUGUAACUUAUUUGCUGAUGGUGUAUUUAUGUGACGUGUUAGACGCUGUCAUCAUCAUAUAGAGGAUAUAAGUUGUAAAGAACCAUGACUGGUUGAGUGAUUUACAUUGUUAGGCUAGGUCUAUUGUCAAUCAUACCUGUUGUUUUUUCUUUUCUUUUAUUUUUUAGUUUGUGAAUAGAUAGAUAGCUUACAUAUAUAAGGUUUACUAUCAACAAAAAGAGUUUGAUACUUGUAAUGUUUCUGGACGAAGUUGUAUUUUUUUAUUAUUUUA